AUGGACCUCGGUGGGGUUUUAGACCCCGAACUAGAUGCUGAAUUCUCACUGGAAGAAUUAGAGCGUGUUUUGAAACUUAUCAAUCACGAGAAAUUAUGGCAGAAAUCGCUCCAGCUGGGUAUCAGCUCCAGGAUUGUAAGGAUUAUCGCUGAAUUGUACAGCAAGGCCACGCUCAGAGUAAGAACCCCAGAAGGUUUAACUAAAGAAACUGAAAUCACCGAAGGGGUCUUGCAGGGCGAAAUUUUGAGUCCACUUCUUUUUAUACUCUUUAUAUCAGACAUGGAGAAUGUUUUUAGGUCGAAAGGAUCAUACAGUGUAGGAUUAAACCAUAAAACAGACGUUUUGCUCCUCAAGUACGCAGAUGACCUUGCAAUCCUGGGUAGAAAUGUAGCAGAUGUUCGAACUAAGCUAAAAAUACUAAAACAAUAUUGUGAUAAAAAUAGUCUAACUGUAAAUGAAUCUAAGACAAAAAUUUUAUACUGUAAUGGCGGUGGUAAAAGGCCCUCGGGCCUUAAAUUUUUGUAUGGCAGUACUGAGCUGGAGAUUGUGAACGAAUUCACAUAUCUAGGUAUCGUUUUUAGUUCAUCUGGUGUCUUUCGUACAGAAAUGAAGAGCGCUGUAGCAAAGGCUCGCUUAGCUGCUGCAAAACUGCAUAACAUAGAACGUAUUCACACACUGUUUAACACAAUGGUGUCGUCGGUUCUCCUCUACGGCUGUCAGAUCUGGAGUCUGAGAUACAUGGAGGAGAUCGAGCGUGUUCAGACAAGUUUUUAUAAAAGCAUACUAGGUCUGACUCGCACAACGGGAAAUGCAUUGGUGAAGGUUGAGGUAGGCAGGCUUGACCUGGCUGUGCAGGUGUGGGAAUUGACCUGGAACUGGGUGGUCAGGAUCCUCGAGAUGGGCAAUCAUCGCUUGCCGCUCAUCUGUUUCAGGAGUCAGGUGGAUAGAUAUGAGAAGAGUGACAAAUCUACCCAGUUUAACUGGGCUGCACAAAUUUUUGACUUUAUAAACUCUUUGGACCCCUCUUUUACAUAUCUGGCAAAUGCUCCUGUGGCACAUGAGUGGCGGACGGCUGGUCCUGCUCUACUCGGGAGACUAAAGCUCAAUCUGCAGCAGUCUAUCGGCAACCAGGUUCUUCACUCCCACUACUUUCAAAUACAGGACACCCGUAUCCUGUUCGAUCGCGGUUAUCUCAAAUUGAAUAUUCCCCUCGUAAUGAAAAAAGUCUUCGCGCAGUUGAGAAUGGCAAGUCAGUACUAUGUCUCUCUAUAUCUGAAUGGAAACUCGUACAGUUUUAAUCCAGAAUUACCCUGUCCGACCUGUAACACCUUCACCUGCGUUGACACCCUAUCACACUUUGUCCUAAAUUGUCCACUACACAUGCAAGAAAGAAUUAAAUUAUUCUCGAUCUUAGGUCACAAACCACCCCCAUUGUAA